AUGCAGGAAAGAAGCUCAUGCAGGGGUGGGACCAGGGCCACGAUUGGAGGAAAUGGUGGUGGGCAGGGCCAGGGGCGGGGCGAGGGCCGCCCGCCGCUUGGGGACACCUGGCGGAACCUUGAGGUCAUAUCUAGUGCGGGAAAACUGGAAUUGAUGUUCCAGAAAGCUGACUCUGAUCUGGAUUACAUUCAAUACAGAGUGGAAUAUGAAAUCAAGACUAAUCAUCCUGAUUCUGCAGGCGAGAAAAAUCCAGUUACACUCUUAAAGGAAUUGUCAGCAAUAAAGUCUCAAUAUCAAACUUUGCAUGCAUGCUUUAAACCAAUUGCUGUCAAGCAGAAAGACACUGAGAGCCUCAUUUGUGCUACUUCUACUUUCAAUUAGAUUACGACCAUGAUGCAAGAACUACAAAAGCAAACAGACCUGCAGCUGUCACCACUAACUAAAGAAGAGAGAACUGCUGCACAGCAAUUAAAAUCUCACAUGUCAGACUUAAGAAGAAAUGGAUUUGCAAAAGGGAACUCUAAUAGAGAAGAGAUCAAUUCCAGAGAGAUUUAG